CUGCUUUAAACCCUACUCCCAUAGUGGCCGUCAAAAACUUUUUACUUUGGUCGCAACAAUGGUUGUAUAAUAAUUCUACCAACUUUAGCGGAAGUCUCACACCCUCCUCACAGCUUUGGAUUAAACGAAAGAACAUUUGGCUCACCAGAAAGCAAGAUAAGGAUCUCCAACGAUAUAUCGCCUACGCUAGGGAGACCGGCUUAGAGCUUCCAAAGACUUUAGGUCCUAAAACUUUUACUUACUUUCACGGAGUAUUACACGGGGGGACUACUUUAAUUCACUAUAAGACCAAAGAUUUAAAGAUUCUUGAGAAAUUCUGCAACAGGAAUCCCAGGUGCGUUGGUUUUAUUUCCACAGGAGAGCUGCUGCGCGCCGUCGAACCCCACAAUUGGUGGUUGUACUCGGCCGCACCUAAUUGUACUUCUGGACUUUAUCUUGCAGAAAACAUCGACUUUUGCAAGUCCCGCCACUUGAAUAUGUGCGGGGGCUCUUCGGAGUGUAGAAUGUUCUUGAAUUACAGCUAUCGGUGCGAGUGCCCUCAUGGGGAAAUUUACACCAGAGCAAAGGAGUGUAAAAACAAUACUGAAGGUAGCGGUACGUCGAGGUUUAGUAGCAUAUCUUCUCUUGAAAUUAAUUAUUCGGAACUUCAUGUUCCAGCUCCCCCUUUAGAGGACUAUAAAACUUUCAAAGGUACUAAGGGAGUUCACGUGGUGGCGUGUGUAGAUCGCAACCAUUUGUCUGGAGUUCCUAAUCUUAUUAAUUCAGUAGCUGUAAACAGCCAGUAUCCCGAAAAUAUAUUUUUUCACGUGGUCACCGAUGCCAACGAUGCAGUUUUAGUGGAACGCGCAAUUGCUUGCCGGGUCUACGGAGAUAAUACCCAGAAAAGUGUAAAUAUCGUAGUCCAUUACUUUGACACUCGACUCAUACGUGGACUAUAUAAAGUGUACACCCCCGCAAAUUUUGCUGGUAAACUGAGCUCAUCAAUGAACUUUGCAAGAUUUUACCUGCCUAAACUUAUCCCAAACAUCCCAAUGCUGAUAUAUGUUGACGUGGACAUCAUUUUUCAGGAUGAUGUGAUAAAGCUAUGGAAGGAGGCAAAACAAAAAUUUCAGGAUCCUUCUCUUGUAUUUACCGUAGUUCCGCGAGCAUCAAGUGGUCUUACAGAGAGAGUAAAGCAACUUUUCACCGAAAGAAGCGGAGUUGCCUUCGAAGAAGAAAAGUUUGUUCAAUUCAACGCAGGACUGUACGCUUUUCGGGUAGAUCGCUGGCAGAAAUUACUUCUUACCCGCGAGGCUGAGUUUUGGAUGGCUUUUACUCUGCACGAGAAACUUUGGGAGUUUGGCACUCAACCUAUUCUGUGGUUACUAUCGUACGGUCGCGUAGCAGCGCUCAGCAGUGACUGGAACAUCGAAGGGCUUGGUUGGAGAGAGAUUCCUCUUGAGAGGGUGGCAUCUGCUAAAGUCUUGCACUGGUGCGGAAAGCACAAGCCUUGGGAGCAGUCCUCAAAACACAAAGAGCUCUGGGAAAAGUAUACACCGCACAGUGUUUGUUGAAUUACUUUAAAUGUCUAUCUUAUAGCCAAAAAUGGUUUGUCAAAAGAUUAAAACUUUUUUAUAUUGCCCCGGCAAGAGUAGUUGC